GAUCAGCGUCAAGUUCCCGUACUCGGUCUGCGUGAAAGUCAGGGAGCUCGCGGCGUUCGGCGACUGCGUAUUUCUUCUAACGCUCGGAUCACUCCAACUGGUUGUUUAAAAAUCCAGUAUUCCCUGGUGUAUAAUCAGGCAUAAUAGCCGCGCUCGCCUGAGGCGCAAAGCGAACGGGGCAAAAGGAAUCGAUCAGUUCGAUCUCAGUGGCAGCUCCGACCACGUUUCGUUUUCUCGCGCUCGCUCAGACAGCUCGCAACCACAAAUGUGCUAGGUCGAUAAAUAAUCAACGCUCGCAAAGAGGAUUGACGCUGGCGUGAAGUGAAAGUCCAUAAAGCACAUAUAAUACGCAAGGCGAUCAAGGUGUCAACUUUUUUUUCGCUCUCCGGCUUUGCGAAUCAAGUAUAGCGAUUAGCGAUCGUCAUACUAGCGUCGGAACCUAAGCUGCAAGGAUGCUGGGCAAAGAGCUAUUGAGGACAGUGAGCCGUGGCAUAGCCAGAAACUUCCGCAGGGAUUUCAAUACCCAAGGGCUGCUCGGAGUCGGAGCGACGGACAAAACACAGAGCAGGUUCCACGAUAGAUCCGCCAGACCGCCGAGAAUCCUGAUCACUGGUGGUCUUGGCCAACUGGGCACGGAAUGUGCGAAACUGCUGCGUAAGAACUACGGCGACGAGAACGUCAUCCUGUCGGACAUCAUCAAACCGACGGACGACGGCUUGUUGAGCGGCCCCUUCAUUUUUGCCGACAUCCUCGACUUCAAGGGCCUCCAGAAGAUCGUCGUCAACAACAGGAUAGACUGGCUGAUACACUUCAGCGCGCUGCUCAGCGCCGUUGGCGAACAGAACGUGCCGCUCGCCGUCAGAGUGAACAUUGAAGGUUUGCACAACGUGAUCGAGUUGGCGAAGCAGUACAAUCUGCGCAUCUUCGUGCCGUCGACGAUCGGAGCGUUCGGUCCUGACUCGCCGAGGAAUCCGACGCCCAAUGUCACUGUGCAGAGGCCACGUACCAUCUACGGGGUCAGCAAGGUUCAUGCUGAGCUUCUCGGAGAGUAUUACCACCACAAAUUUGGUCUGGACUUCCGCUGCCUACGCUUCCCAGGUGUCAUCAGUAGCGACCCUCCUGGCGGUGGUACCACCGACUACGCUGUCGCUGUAUUCCACGAAGGCUUGCUACAUAAGCGUUACGAGUGCUAUCUUGAGCCUCACACACGCCUGCCCAUGAUGUACAUCGACGAUUGCUUGUCCGCCCUCUUUCAGUUCCUGAACGCUCCAUGCGAGAGGCUCCAUCGUCGGGUGUACAACGUCACCGCGAUGAGCUUUACACCCGAGGAGCUUUUCGCCGAGGUCAAGAAGCACAUUCCAGAUUUACAAAUCACAUACAACCCCGACAGCCGACAAAACAUAGCGAAUACCUGGCCACAAAUCUUCGACGACAGCGAGGCCCGCAGAGAUUGGGGCUGGAAACACGAGUACGACUUUGAACGACUCGUAGCCAGAAUGAUUCAAGACGUCAGUGAUAACUAUAUCCCGAAAUACCAGCGUCAAUCCGGAGUAAGCGGGUAGAUGCACAAAAACUGAGUCCUUUAGCGAUGAUCGUAUUUUCAAAAAUAAAUUUCUAUAAAUAUAUUUAUUCACGUAUAUAAAAAUGAACCAAUGUCUAUGCGAUAAUAUACCGCAGAAUUUUUUAAUAAAAGAAUCACAAUUUUAUUGUGCACUCAAUCACUGUCAUCGUUCAACAAUGCUUCGAUGUUAGUAGGAUCCAUUUUGUCCUUUUUAUCCAACGUUCUCACUUUCUUUUCAAUUUGUCUGGACGGCGUAACUGAAUUACUCGUGUCUAAAUUAUUUUCAACUUUUACUUUGAUGGAUUGUGAAAUCUUCUCUGGAGAUAAUGGCAUGUAUGUGUCUUGAACGGCAGUUUCUUCUAGAAAAAUAUUAAAUAAAAAGAUCAAAUCAGAAACAGA